AUGGCACCUCUCUCUACGCUCUCCUUACGUGUCCAAAAGCUCACUUCCGAGAUCAAGGAGAAGGAACAAGAACUCGCCAAGAUACGCAAAGCUGAGCGCAAGACUUACAAAAUAUAUAUUCGCGCGAGAGGCAAGUUAGCAUCCAAGAAGCAGCACGACUUGCAGAAUCCGAAGACCAAGAAGUGGUACAACGUCUGUGUCAAGAGUACGGAUGACUUGCAAGCCUUGACGGCAAAGCUCGAGCAAGCAGAGAGUGAACUUGUGAGCCUCAAGCAGCGACGUUCAGAUGGUGUGGCACAGGACAGGGCCACAUUUGAGGAGAUGUUGCUUAGGCGCUGA